UAAUUAUGAUGGGCCAAGAUAAACAAGGCCCAUUCAGUAAUAAAUGCAGAGAAGUUCUGGUAUGUUGGCGCUUCUGUUCAUCAAUCAACAACCGGAACUACACAAAGAAAUCUGAGAAUUACAAUUCCGGCAAAGGAAAUUCUCUCUAUUGUCAUUUGGAUUUGGCCCCAAUUAUGAAUUUGGGCUGAAUUAUGACAUGGGUAUUGUGACAUUCUUCACUAUACGUAAAGGGUUUUGUAGAAUUUGAGCCAAAGCAAUUUAGGUGAAAAGAUAUGAACAGUAAAGCGUGGAGAUGGGUUUUGGGUUUGAUAUACAUAGUAACUGUUGCAGCUAUAUGGAUAGCUGCUAGUUUUGUGGUACAAUCUGUUGUAGAUGCAGGUGUAUCUCCUUUCCUCAUUACUUAUAUAUGCAAUUCAUUGUUUGUGAUUUACAUUCCCUUAGUUGAAAUAGGAAGAUAUUUGGAGGAUAAUUAUGGAGGUCUUUGGUUUUGGAUUAGUAAAAAAAGUAGUCUUUCCAAACAAUUGGGAGAGUCAGAGAAUACCAUUCUUCUUGGUGAGAGUAAUGAAGGUCCAAAGACUGAAGCUUCUUUGCUUUUAGAAGUUGGAGAAACAAGUCAACAUGUAGAAGAUAUUGGUUAUGCAAGAGAACAUGUAUUAGAAGAGCUUGAUGGUCCUCUGAAUAAUGAACAUGAUAUUAAUGAAGUUUCGGCUAAGCAAAUCGAUGCAAAAGGGCGUUGGACAAGGACUAGAAUGGCUAGAGUUAGUCUUUUGAUAUGCCCCUUUUGGUUUCUCGCUCAACUCACCUUUAAUUUUUCAUUGAAGUAUACAACGGUUACUUCUAACACCAUUUUAAGCAGUGCAUCAAGUCUUUUUACAUUUUUAGUCUCGCUUGCGUUUUUGGGUGAAACGUUUACAUGGGUGAAGCUUAUUAGUGUUCUUCUUUGUAUGGGAGGAACUAUAAUUGUCAGUCUUGGUGACUCACAAACUGGUUCAAGUGAUAUUGCUUCAAACCCUCUCCUUGGAGACAUAUUUGCUCUUGCCUCAGCUGGGCUAUAUGCUGUGUAUAUCACCCUCAUUCGUAAGAAGUUACCCGACGAUGAUGAUGAUAAAAAUGGUCAUCCUAGUAUGGCACAGUUUCUGGGAUUUUUAGGACUAUUCAACCUCAUAAUCUUCCUUCCAGUUGUACUUAUACUGAACUUCACUAAGCUUGAGCCCUUUAGUAUGCUUACUUGGAAACAAACUGGUCUAAUCAUUGGUAAAGGUUUGUUGGAUAAUGUGCUGAGCGAUUAUUUAUGGGCAAAGGCAGUUAUUCUGACAACCACCACAGUGGCAACAGCAGGCCUCACAAUUCAGGUGCCAAUGGCUGCCAUUGUUGAUUCUCUGACGGGCAAUGCCCCUCAUCUUAUGGAUUACCUCGGUGCUUUGGCUGUCACAAUUGGUUUUGCCGGCAUAAAUAUUCCAUCUGAAGCCUUUUGCGGAUCAAAAGAAACCAAUGUGGAAGAAGUAGAAUGUAAAAGAUCUACUUUGACUGAGUAUGAUGGCAACCCAGAAGCAGGAGUUGUUUCUUGAUUAUGUUUUGCAAGUUAUAAUAUACCAUACCGUUCCAUUUUAGAGAAUCAUCUCUCAAACAUAUUGUUGCAAUGUAUUUAGCUAAUUAGUAUAUCAUUUUUUUUGCAAUUCAUUACAUGUAAUAUUUGAUACACAUUAAAACACAUAUGUUAAUAAAUAGUCUCAAUACUUUCAGAUCUCAAA